AUGGACGGUAAAAACCGGCGCCCGCGCGGAGACUCCAACAUGCAGUCAUAUAGGCCCAACAACCAGUCGUCAUCGACCCCCUUGCGUGCAGCCAUUGCUCGUCCCGAGAACAAAGAGUUCAAUGUUGCCGGCCAUGAUUUCGGUGGACUUCCUUUAGGUAAUCAACAUACAUUCAACAAGACAGUCAAGGACGCGAUCAAGUCAGGAAAGAAAGCCCCGGAGCUCAUCAAUGAGGCACAUGAAAACCUGGAGCGCCAUGUCGACGUUCCCCUUAAAAAGCCCACUAAAACAGUCUUCAGCUCCCUGGGAGGCGGUCGCAAUGCUUCCUCGACCGAGGUCGGUUGGGGUGGUCCCGAGGGCGGCAAGCGCAGAGAUGACACCCCAAAGAACUUUGUCUAUUGUGACGAGGACUUUGUCUACCGUAACGAGGACUUUCCCCCUCCAACUAGUGCCAGCGAUUCUUCCCUUUCAGUCCUUUCUGCUUCUAAGCCAAAGGAGAGUGCUCCUUCUCCUAGCAAAAGUGCAGCCUCCAACAACAAGAAGUCAGCCUCUACAGCCGAGCCUCAUGGUACAAAGACUGCGCCUUACCUUGGUCUGAGCCACUCGUUAUUCAGAAAGGAACCCGCCAAGGAGGACAACAAGCCAUCGGCCAACGGUACCCCCGAGAUGAACUUGGGCAGCCUCUUCCCCGAGAAUCAAUCAUCCUCUCAGCCCGUGACGAGCUCAUCUUACCCAUUGAAGUCCACCCUUACUCGGCAGGACACUCCUGAGAUGAACCUCAACAACCUCUUCCCCGAGGACCAGUCCACAUCUUAUCGCAAAAAGAAUGUGUUGUCACCUCUGAAGAGUACCCUCAAUCGCCAGGACAACCCCGAGAUGAGCCUCAGUAUCUUCUUUCCCGAGGUCGCUCCAAUCUUCUCUCAAUAUGCCCCAUCCCACGAGCACUUCAAUGCUCCAGCUCACCUGCUUCAUGCCCAUGGCAAGCAAUCCGUUGCCAGUAGUGGUACUCCCGAGAUGAAUCUGGACAAGCUUUCUCUUGAGGAUCAGUCACCUUCUCAGCACAAGAAGAAGCCAUCAUCUCCUUUGGAGCACACCCCCACUCGUCAAGACACACCUGAGAUGAGCUUGGGCAGCCUAUUCCUCGAGAACCAGUCGUCUUCUCAACUCAAUAAGAGCGCCUCGUCUUCUUCGAAUAACACCUCCAUUCGUCAAGACACGCCUGAGAUGAGUCUCAACACCCUCUUACCUGAGGAUCAAUCUUCCUCGCGGUCCAAGAAGCACACUUCGUUGCCAUUGAAGAGCACUCUUACGCGUCAGGACUCUCCUGAGGUGGGUCUCGACAAGCUCUUCCCUGAGGAUUCUUCGUCAGGCAAGGUUUCAAUCUCUGCUCAACAUGCCCGAUCCCAAGACCCCUUCAAUACUCCAGCUCACCUGGUCCAUCCUUCAAGCAAGCAAUCCGCUGCUGGUAGGAGCACUCCCGAGAUGAACUUGGGUAGUCUGUUCUCGGAGGACCAGUCACCCUCUCAACCCAAGACGAUGGCUUUGUCUCCGUUGAAGAACACUCCUACGCGCCAGGACACCCCCGAGAUGAACUUGAACAACCUCUUCCUCGAGGAGCAGUUGCAUGCUCAGUCCAGGAAGAACGUCUCAUCUCCACUCAAGAACACUCCUACGCGCCAGGACACCCCCGAGAUGAGCUUGGGCAGCCUCUUCCCCGAGGAGCAGUCGACCUCCCGGCCCAUGAAGAAGGUAUCAUUUCCCUUGAAGGCUACUCCCACUCGUCAGGACACUCCCAAGAUGAAUCUCAACACUCAGUUCCCCGAGUAUCAGUCGAUAUCUCAGCUCAAGAAGAAGACCGCCUUAUCUCCACUCAAGAAUAUUCCUGCGCGCAAGAACACCCCCGAGAUGAACCUGAACCAGCUUUUUACAGAGGACACGCCCGCUUCUUCGGUCUAUGUUAGCCAAGGUAUCGCACAACUCGCAUCAGGCGACUCGACCAAGCCCGUUUCGAUUUCCAUUGCGGACCUUCUGGACGAUAGCGAUGCGAGUGACCACAGCCCUUAUAACUCGUCUGUGGAGACCAACGCUAAGCCCUUCAUACAUACUCAGCAUUACACUCAUCCAGGCAAGACGAGUGUCCAUGCACCCGAGCCUUCAGCUGCUGGCAAGGCCAAGUUCCCUACGAUGCCACAUCUUCCUGCAAUCGCUUCGAUUAGUCUGCCAUUCGUUGGUGCCAAGAUGGCCGGUAUGUCAACGCAGCCCGAACUACAUACAGCUUGCACUCCCGGGCUUCCAUCCAACAACUUUCCUUGGAUCAGCGUUCUCGACGUUCCAUCUGGCAGUGCCCCUUCGGUCAGUGUCCCUGAACUUCCAACUCUCGAUUCCCCGUCGGUCAGCGCUCCAGUACUCCCACUCUCGAUUCCCCUUCGGUCAGCGUUCCAAUACUUCCAUCUCUCAGUGCGUCGACCCUUCCCGCUGUCAGCACCGUUGAGCUCCCUUCACACAGUGCUCGCGGUCACCACAAUGCUGCUGCUCCUCGCGUAG